CAAUUAUAUCACAGAAUGGGAUCAGCGUCAGACUAUAAUAUAGUCCAAAAAUUCACAUCGUAGAGCGGCGACCACCCAGUUCGUUGGUAACAAAAGAAUCCUGGGGUUUCCCCACAUUCACAAGCCUCGCCUUGCCCCAAGCUAGUCUUCCCCUCCACCCGACCGCGUGCUGCUUUUCUGUCGUCUCUGCCGAUUAGUUCCCCAUUGCCGGUUCCCCUUCAUAACGACCUUACUCCUCUUUACCUGAUGCUGACGUAUUUCGUGGCUCUCCCAGAAAGAAAAAGAAGCAUAUAAUUACCACCGCCACUCUUACUCCCCCGCGCGCAACAAAUUCCUCCCAUUCUUCGAAAUAAGAAUCUGCAGACAAACAUAAUUGAGGAGAAUAACAAGAAAAUUUGAAAUGGCGAGCACAGAGUCUAUCCUUCAGGGCGUGAAUGUGUCGGGGACGGUCACCGAUUUCAACAAGAAGAUUCUGAGUAAGGAAGCUCUUGCUUUCCUCGCGCUGCUGCACAGAUCUUUCAAUGGCACGAGAAAAAAUCUCUUGCAACGACGAGUGAUCAGACAAGCAGAGUUGGACAAGGGGUCUCUGCCAGAUUUCCUGCCAGAGACGAAGAAUAUCCGAGAGAAUGAUGCGUGGAAGGGUGCUCCUCCUGCACCAGGUCUGAUUGAUCGAAGAGUGGAGAUUACUGGUCCCACGGAUAGGAAAAUGGUUGUCAAUGCUCUGAAUUCGAAUGUCUGGACUUAUAUGGCGGAUUUCGAAGAUUCGAGCGCCCCAACGUGGGAUAACAUGAUUAAUGGCCAAGUCAACCUCUACGAUGCCAUCCGCAAACAAGUAGACUUCAAGCAAGGAGAGAAGGAAUACAAGCUCCGCACCGACCGAACCCUCCCAACCCUUAUCGUCCGUCCUCGAGGCUGGCAUCUAGAGGAAAAGCACCUCACCGUAGACGGCGAGCCCAUCUCGGGCUCCCUCUUCGACUUUGGCCUCUACUUCUUCCACAACGCCAAGGAGCUCAUCAAGCGAGGAACAGGCCCUUACUUCUACCUCCCGAAAAUGGAAUCCCACCUCGAAGCCCGCCUUUGGAACGACGUCUUCAACCUCGGCCAAGACUUCAUCGCCAUCCCCCGCGGCACUAUCCGCGGCACCGUGCUCAUCGAAACCAUCCUCGCCGCCUUCGAAAUGGAUGAGAUCAUCUACGAGCUCCGCGACCACUCGUCCGGCCUGAACUGCGGACGAUGGGACUACAUCUUCAGCGUCAUCAAGAAGUUCCGCCAGAACAGCAACUUCGUGCUCCCGGACCGCAGCGCCGUCACCAUGACCGUCCCGUUCAUGGACGCCUACGUCAAGCUGCUGAUCCAGACCUGCCACCGCCGGCAAGUGCACGCCAUGGGCGGCAUGGCGGCCCAGAUCCCCAUCAAGGACGACAAGGCCGCCAACGACAAGGCGAUGGAGGGCGUGUACGCAGAUAAGCUGCGCGAAGCAAAAGCCGGGCAUGACGGGACGUGGGUUGCGCAUCCAGCUCUAGCAUCCAUUGCGUCCGAGGUAUUCAACAAGCACAUGCCGACGCCGAACCAGAUGUUCGUGCGCCGCGAAGACGUCAAGAUCGGGCAGAACGACCUGCUGAACAUGAACGUGCCGGGCCAGAUCACCGAGGACGGCAUCCGGAAGAACCUGAACAUCGGGCUCGGGUACAUGGAAGGCUGGUUGCGGGGCAUCGGGUGCGUGCCGAUUAACUACCUGAUGGAAGACGCGGCCACAGCGGAGGUGAGCCGGUCCCAAUUGUGGCAGUGGGUUAAGCACGGGGUGUCGACCGCGGAGGGUAAGAAGGUCGAUAAGGCGUACGCGCUGAAGUUGUUGCGGGAGCAGGCGGAUGAGUUGGCGGGGAAGGCGGCCAAGGGGAAUAAGUAUCAUCUCGCGGCGCAGUAUUUCUCGGGCCAGGUUACUGGGGAGGAUUAUGCUGAUUUUUUGACUUCAUUGCUAUACAACGAAAUCACCUCAGUCGGUUCCGCGUCUCCGGCUUCGAAGCUGUGAGGUCUCAGUAGGUUGAGGGUUGAGAAAAAUAUGGGGAGGAGAGGAAGAUUGUUACAUUACUCGCAAGCAAAUUUGUAUGAAGUAUAUGAAUCGAUGAGCUGAACAUUAAUGCUGCG